CGAUUUUCAAGUUGGCUAUCGCAAAACGAGUUUUUGCGUAGUAUUUCAAGAACUAAAAAUUUUAGUUGAUGAAAGAAUUACAUAUAUGAUAAUAUCGAUACACAUAUUUUAAUUUCCCGGAGUUUCUAUUAAACAUAUUUUAGCACAACUUUAUUGGCAGAGUUAACGUGUAAACUAACCACUUGUUGUUAUCUGCAAUCGAUCUUCUCAUGCUCGGUUCAGUUUUGUGGAGUCACGACGCUGCUAUCUUAUAAAUACAGCUGUUAUAAGGUGCGAUAAACAUUAUUAACAUUUCGCUAGUCGCCCUGAGUAGACGAGUUACCAGUGCGGUACUGAUAAGACAUUUCUAGUCAACUCAUUUUAAUCGCAUAUCUGUGAACUCUGGAAUGGCGGCCAAGAAACUGGACGCCAUAAUCUUCGGUGCCUCCGGGUUUACUGGAAAGUACACCGUCUUCGAGGCUGUCAGCGUGCUGAAGGGCCUGCAAUGGGGCAUCGCCGGUCGCAACCAGGAGAAACUACAGUCGGUGCUUCGGGAGAUGGGUGCAAAGUCCAAGACAGACCUCUCCCAAACACCCAUCGUCAUCGCUGACGUCAACAACGAGGCGUCUCUGCUGGAGAUGGCCAAACGCUGCCGUAUUGUGGUCAACACGGCGGGCCCAUAUCGGUUCUUCGGCGAGAGAGUGGUCAAGGCUUGCAUCGAGGCGGGAACACAUCACGUAGACGUAAGCGGAGAGCCACAAUACAUGGAAACCAUGCAAUUGCGCUACCACGAUCUUGCCAAGAAGCGUGGCGUGUACGUGAUCAGUGCGUGCGGCUUUGAUUCCAUUCCCGCCGACAUGGGAGUCAACUUCGUGGAGAAGAACUUCGACGGAGUGGUCAACUCGGUGGAGAACUUUGUCCACAUGGGCGUCAAGGGCGGUACCAAGGGAACGGGCAGUGCUGCCCUGAACACCGGCACCUGGGAGAGCGCCAUUCACGCUAUCGCCAACCGGAGCGAGUCAGUGGCUAUCCGCCGAAAGUUGUUCCCCGAACGCCUGCCCAAGUUCCAGCCGGACCUUAAGUCAAGACGGCCGCUUUCCCGUGCCGCGGAGGUGGACGACAAGGUGAUCCUGCCGUUCCCUGAAACAGAUCGCUCGGUGGUGAUGCGCUCGCAGCGUUUCCUUUACGAACUGGAGAAGAAGCGACCCGUUCAGAUGCAGGCCUACAUGACCUAUCCCUCGUGGUUCGCGGCCAGCGUUGUCGUACUCUUCGCCUCCAUCAUUGGCAUUAUGGCCAAGUUCUCCUUUGGCCGUCAGCUGCUGCUGAAGUACCCCAGCGUCUUCUCCGGCGGCAUGGCUUCCCGCGAGGGUCCCAGUGAGGCCAGGAUGGAGCGUACCUUCUUCAGGAUGACCAUGAAGGCCACCGGCUGGCCCAAAUCCGAGAAACUAGCCGAGAGCACAGAUCAGUACACCUCUCCACCCACAAAAACGUUGACCGUGAGGAUUGAGGGGCCCAAUCCCGGCUAUGGAUCCACCUGCGUCGCACUGCUCUCCACGGCGAAAACCAUCCUCAGCGAAAGCGACAAGAUGCCCGGAUCCGGUGGAGUCCUGCCACCCGGAGCGGCCUUCCGAGGUACCAGUCUCAUCAACGAGCUGGAGAAGCAUGAGCACGGCAUCAAGUUCGAGAUCGUGGCCAACAAAUAGAGUCUAAAUUGGGAUGUAUUUGAUGUUAUUGAAAAUAUACGUUAAAUAUAUUUAUCUCAUCUGUGCUUAUAUGAAAAAGA